AUGUCCAACCCUGCUCCAGUAGUCUUUCUGGUCAUCGGCGCACUGACUACGGCUUACUUUUACACCAACAACAAGAAGCGGUACGAUGCACGAGAGAAGCCGCUCCUCAAGUUGCCACUCAUUGGCGAUAUCCACAGCUCGCCGAUAGAUAAGCCGUUGGAAAACUGGAGUGCAUGGUCCGAACAGAAUGGGCCGAUUGUGAUCGCGAAACUUUUCGGUAUCGUACCAAUCGUUGUUCUCAAUUCGUACGGAGCCGUCACCGAGCUUUUCGGCCGCCGCAGCCAAUGGUAUAGUAACAGACCGGCUUCUGUGAGCAUGGAAAUGAUUACUGGAGCGAAGCCGGGACGCUCUCGGUUUACACUGAUGCACGAUUAUGAUGACCAUCUCAAGCUGCAUCAUCGCAUUCUCUCACCAAGUCUGGGUGCGCCUGCAGCGCACAAGUAUCAGCCGCUCAUAGAACUAGAGGCUAGGCAGCUGCUUUUUGACAUCGGCGCUGCUCUAGAAAAGUCUGCUGACGGUUCCGCAAUUACCACAAAGGACUUGUAUCCUUUGUUGGAGCGGACUCAGUCCAGCGUCAUCUUAGGUCUUCAUUACGGCCUUCGCAUCCCCGAGAUCGAGGAGCCAAUAUUGCAAAAAGUCAUUGAUAUCCAAGCAAAAGUUACGCAUCUUGCUGCAAAUCCUCGGCUCCCAGAUUUGAUACCUCUCCUGCGCUAUCUCCCUACUGUUGUUUCCCCAUGGCAGCAGUAUGCUGACAAGCUGUUUGCAUCCCAGGCCGAUCUCUACAUGCACCUCUUCCGUCAUGGUAGAGAUGCACCAGGCUGGAAUGCUACGAAACAAGCCAUCGCAACAGCCACAAAGCAUGCGCCCGCAAACCACCCAGUAGCGGAUCUCGAUCUCGCCUUCACACUCGCAACAUCAAUACAAGGCGGCAUGGAGACAUCGCCGCGUCAGUUGCUCUGGCUAUUCGUCGCAGCCCUACACAACCGGGACUUCGUGACUCGCGCACACCACGUGCUCGACGACGUCGUGGGCCGAACGCGUCUCCCCAGAUUUUCGGACCGCAGCAGCCUCGCGUACAUUGACGCGGUCGCGCACGAGCUGUUUCGCUGGCGGCCAAAAUCAAAAAAGGGGGUUACUAUCAUGGCGAAUGCGUGGGCCAUUGGUCGCGAUAAGAACGUGUUUGACGGGGCACUGGGGGAUGCGGAGGGGUUUUUGCCUGAGCGCUGGUUGCGGGGUGGGAGGAUUCGGAAUGACCUCCCGCUCCCUGUGUUUGGUCAGGGGAGAAGGAUAUGCCAGGGAAAGCGUAUCGCGACUGAUGGAGCGUUUUUGAACAUUGCGCAUUUACUCUGGGCGUUCGAUAUAGAGGCUAUCGAGAGUGAGGAUGUGGAUCCGUUGUCUAUGGUGGUAGUUGGGUUCAUGGUUGAGCCUAAGCCUUUCAAGUUCCGUCUGAAGCCUCGGGGACAAUGGGUGCUCGACCUGGUUAAAGAGGAGUGGGAGGGCAGCGAGAAGAACCUGGAAAUGGUGAUGGGCGCGGCCAAUGAUGUUGAGACUGGGGAGUAA